AGAACGCCAACCUAGACUCAAACUUGGGCUUCUAGCUCUCCGGUUGCGGGGUUUCACCCUCAAGCAGCUCAAGAAGAUUAUUCGCAAUCAGUCGUCACACCCCCGAGCACCAUCGCAGAGCCUGCAGUCACUAGGCUCAAUAAUAGGUACGCACCAUGACGACCCCUUCGCCCGGCACGACCGACUCCGACUCAUCCCGCGUCCGGAACCGGAAGCCAAUCCCAACUCCCGUCCCAGCCUAUCUUCCCACCGCCGGCUCACCCCUAACCGUCGACACCAACCUGUACUCCUCCAUCCAGCGCGCCCCGCGCAUCCUGAUCGAGUCCUUCACUCUCCCCAUCCGCUCCGGCCGUGCCUGGAAAGCCCCCGCAGGGAGCAUCAUCCGGAUCAGCACCCCCGACGGGCCCCAAGUAGGCGAUCUGAACAUCUGGAACGCACACAACCCGCGGGAACGGUUCUGGGCGUCCCGCACCCGGCAGCUGCACGCCACCCAUGUGUCGACGUACGACCGGCUGUGGUCGUGCCUGCCUUAUAUGCGCCCCCUGGUGACUAUCAUCGCGGAUUCGUUGGCGUGGUAUGGGGAGGAUGAGCAUAAGGGACGGGUGCAUGAUUUGUUGGGGACGAGGUGUGAUCCGUAUAUCAAUGCGGUGUUGAGUGGUGGGGGGGAGUAUGAUUUUCAUUGUCAUUCGAAUUUGACGAGGGCGGUGCUGCCGUGGGGAUUGACAGAGUUUGAUGUGCAUGAUGUGAUUAAUUUGUUUCAGGUUACGGGGUUGGAUGAGGAGGGGAGGUAUUUCAUGAAUCCGUGUCCGGCGGGGAAAGGGGAUUAUAUUGAGUUUUUGGCGGAGCAGGAUGUGCUUAUGGCGUUGAGCACUUGUCCGGGAGGGGAUCUGUCCCUGUGGGGAUUCGGUGCUCAGAGUGAGAAGGAAAUGAUCAAAUGCUGCCGCCCGCUGAAGGUGGAAAUAUUCCGCCUUGAGGAUGGCGGGUGGCUGGAACGAUCAGGGUGGCGGCCUUCCGAGCCCGCAACAUAUCGAGGGAACCACGGCAUGGUGGUUGUUGAGGGCGAGCCGGCGUUGAGCAGCUGA